AUGACAACUACUUAUUCGCCUAAAAUAUCAUCCGAUAGUGAUAAAAAAGAUUAUGAAUCUAGUAGAACAGAUUCUGGUUUUUUGUCUGGCACAAAUUUGGUAUCUGAGGAAUGUUUAACCAAUGAGGAUUCAUUUGCAAAACAAUCGACAGUUAAUUUAGAAUCACAAACUAAUUUAAAUUAUGAAAAAAUUGUACAAACAGAUAGUGGUGUUGAUAUAGACUUAAAUGAACAGUUUAGUGGCUUAGCUUUGGAAGAAAAUUUUGCUAAUAACCUAAAUGAGAAUUUCAAAAAUAUAUGUAUAAAUAAUAAAGUUAUUUCUAAAACAAAACAUAUUGAAAAUGAUGAAAAUAAUGCUGAAAUCAGGGUGACACAACCAUGGGAAUUAUAUUUUCAACAAGAUGAAGAUGGGGAUACACAACUUCACAUUGCUAUUAUUCAAGGGUUUAUUGAAGUUGUGUUUAGUUUAAUUAAAAUGGUUCCACAGCCAUGUUUUUUAGAUAUCCUUAAUGAUGUUAUUCAGUCUCCGCUUCAUUUAGCCGUUUUGACUCACCAAUCGAAAAUUGUGCGUCAAUUGGUAGUAGCAGGAGCUAAUGUAGAAGCAAGAGACAGAUUUGGAAAUACUCCUUUGCAUUUGGCUUGUCAAAUUGGAGAUAUUGACUGUGUUAAAUCUUUAGUGGAACCAAUAUCUAUGUCUGAGAUAAAAAAUGCCAAUUUAUUGUACUCAGGAGUAACUAGUCAAGUUCCUCAAGAUUUUGAAGAAAAAAACUAUGAAGGAGAAACUUGUCUACACUUGGCUGCUUAUGGAGGACAUACUGAGGUUAUGAGGCAUUUAAUAUGGUUUGGAGCUGACAUAAAUGCUCGAGAAAGUAAAAGUGGUCAAACAAUUUUACAUUAUGCUGUUGAAACAUUAAAUCACAAACUUUUACGUUUUCUUUUGGAUGAGUGUCCAAUCGGUAGCAAUGGACUCGUUCUUGACAAACAGAAUUAUGCUGGGCACACUCCUUAUCAGUUGGCUAAAAUUCUCGAUUUAAGGAUAGCAAAAGAACUUGCUCUAAAAGGAGCUUUUGUUAAUGUUGAUGAUAUAGACGAGGAUGAUCAUCCGGAUCAUAAUUCCUACAUCCAAGAAGAAGGGGUUAAAUUUUUCAUCGAAAAUUAA